CUUUUUAUAAUCUAUGUUUUUGGCCCGUGUCUGUCAAUGUCAUGUCAAAUUAAGAAAUAAAUCAAUAGAUUGUGAGAGUUGUUUUUCAAGAACAAUGCAAUUUGUGACUAAUAUUGUAGAAAGCUAUUGACUGUCUCAUAAUUAUCUUAAAAAUCGUAAUUGGUGUCCGAACAAGAAAAGUUAAGAAAUAAUAAGAGUGUCCAAGUAUGGGGGCAGUACUAGGUCUUUGUUCUGCAGCUCAGCUGGCAUGCUGCUGUGGAAGUGCAGCGUGUUCCCUGUGUUGCUCAGCAUGUCCGUCAUGUGCCAACUCAACAUCAACUCGUCUCAUGUACACGCUCAUGCUGCUACUUGUCAUGGUAGCUGCUUGCAUUACACUCGCCCCUGGAUUACAAGAUGAGAUGAAAAAGGUACCAUUUUGUAAAAAUUCUACUCACUACAUACCCGGAGACUUUAAGGUUGACUGUGAUAAAGCUGUUGGCUAUUUGGCAGUUUACAGAAUAUGUUUUGCAGCAUGUCUUUUCUUUGUUCUGAUGGCUCUUAUAACAAUUGGUGUAAAGUCCUCUAAAGAUCCACGAGCAGGCGUUCAAAAUGGUUUCUGGGGCAUCAAGUAUCUGCUUGUGAUUGGUGGUAUAAUUGGUGCUUUCUUUAUUCCGGAGGGACAAUUUGCCUUAACUUGGAUGGUGUUUGGCAUGAUUGGAGGAUUUUGCUUCAUUGUUAUUCAACUGAUUUUGAUUAUUGACUUUGCCCACUCUUGGGCAGAACGAUGGGUGUCCAACUAUGAGGAAUCUCAGUCACGCGGCUGGUACGCGGCUCUGCUGCUGGCUAUGCUCACCGCCUACGCACUCGCACUCAUUGGCGUUGUCCUCCUUUAUGUGUACUACACCAAGUCAAGUGGAUGUGAGCUAUCCAAAUUCUUCAUCUCGAUAAACCUGAUCCUGGUGGUGAUCGCGAGUGGCAUUUCAAUCCUGCCGUCAGUGCAAGAGCAUCAGCCUCGCUCUGGACUGCUUCAGUCGGCUGUGGUGUCACUGUAUGUCAUGUACCUGACGUGGUCCGCGCUGUCCAACGCGUCUAAGGAAUGUAACAGCAUCACCGGGGGAUCUAAUGAGUCGUCCUUCGAUAAGCAGUCGAUCAUCGGGCUGGCCAUUUGGGUCUGCAGCGUUUUGUACUCGUCCAUCCGAACUGCCUCUUCCUCGUCCAAGAUUACCAUGUCGGAGCAUAUCCUCGCCAAGGAAGGCGGCGGAGGGCACGGAGGGCUCAUUGCUAACGAAGAGGGCGCUGACGGCGGCGAGGCGGGUCGCGAGGAGACCAAGGUCUUCGACAACGAGGGCGAUGGCGUCGCCUACUCCUGGACCUUCUUCCACAUCGUGUUCGCUCUCGCUACCCUGUACAUCAUGAUGACACUCACGAAUUGGUACAACCCGAGCUCGCAGCUUUCGAAGGAGAACGUCGCCUCAAUGUGGAUUAAAAUCACUUCAUCCUGGCUGUGCGUGGGUCUCUACAUCUGGACCCUGGUAGCACCAGCCCUGUUCCCCGACAGGGAAUUCAACUAAACCUGUUCUUCAAAUUCUGUUUUAUGCUAUAUAGAAAACACGGUUAUGAGAUACAACUUAGUGACAGACGAAUAGCGAAAUCUUAGCAAUAGAGUACCUUUCUCUGGGUUUAGAAUCCUAAAAAAAAAUACGCUUGGAGCGACAAAAUUAUUUCAAAUAAAGUUUAUUGUGAAUCGAUUUGAACAAAAAUAGCAUAAAACAGAUUAAAAUUAAUUUUAUCAUAAGUAAUUUCGUUUCCAUCAUUUAAUAAAUUAUGCCGUACUGUCAAUUGUAUCUAUCUUAUGCUAGUAAACCAGAGCAAUGUUGUUAAAAUAAGCCUGUGAAUCCUUAAAUAUUAAGAUCUCAUAUUAUUAUUAUUUUUUAUUACUUAUUUUCAAUUCAUUAAGUAUGAACUAUCCUUUCUAUCUGUGUAGUGUAUGUUCUGUGCUGUGUAUGUUCAUAGCAUUUUAUAAUUCUUUCACAACAAUACACAUAACUUUUUGUCUCACUAUCUUCAAAUCUUAAUUGUUGUGUUACUUACUGCUUUAAAUGUCUGUACCCACUAAUUAAAAUAUUAUUUUAUCAAUAAAUGUUAUAUACCCCGUA